AUGUAUAGACAAAUACCUUUAACUGUUGCGUUCAGUAGUGAAAACCCUGACGUCAAAAUAAAGGGGAACAGAGUAACGUUUAAGUUUCCAACAGACUGGAUUGUGAACAUAAAUGAAGAGAAGUACAUUGGCAUAACAUCUAUGUAUAUAACACGUGCUUUCAGAAAGGUUGACUUUAUACUUCAAGUCGAGAUAGAAAAUGACGAACAGUCUUUAAGCGCCCAAAACAUUCACAUAUACAAAUACUUUAAAGACGAUACAACAUUGCAACAAUGUAUGAUUUCAUUUAAUGAGAUGUUCGAGAAAAAGUUCAACAUUGAAGUACAAACUUUACAGCCUUUGCGUGAGUUUCUUGCACAACUGAAAGAAGAAGGUAGUCAGCCACAACUUAUAGACUUUCAUUAUGAAUUUAAUGAAAAUGAAGAUGGAACUCAUGACUGUCAAUUCAUUGUAUUCUCACCAUUCAAUGAAGUAGCUAAAAAGGAAAAAAAAUCCAUUACGUAUAAGAUUUCAAAUCUCUGA